GUUAAUAAAUAAUAUUCUUUAGUUAUUUACGUGUUUUCUAGCAAUGAAGUGCUUAAAAAUCGUUAAAAUUGUGUAUUGAAUUGUUAAAAAUGGAUACUACAGAUCAGCCGAACUCUAUCUGUCACAUUCAGCCAAUCCAGAUGUACCCGCUGGCCACGGCCGACUCGGAUAAGCCGCUACCUUUCGCGCUAUUGGCCGGCGAAGUCCAGCAUCAUCACGGGACUUCAGUUGAUGGACUAGUAGUUGUCACCAACUACAGAUUGUUCUUGCAAAUCGGCACAAGUCAAUAUCACGUGCCCCUCGGGCAGAUAGAAGUGGUGGAGAAUAGAGAGCUGUUUUAUCUGCAGAUCGGGUGUAAAGAUGCCAGAACCUAUAGAUGUACUUUCGAGAAUAACGAAAGCUGUCUAGAAUGGUACGAUAGAAUUCUUAAAGCAGCAGAGCCGCCUCGUCAGUUGGAGCAACUUUUCGCUUUUUACCACUUGAUGUGGACGAAGGAAACCGCCGGACCGGAAGUGAUGUCACGUAUCGAACGACAACGUCAAUAUUCGUUUGACAAAAAUAUGUUUGACAAUGAGAUGAUGAGAAUGGAUUUUGGGUUCUCUUGGCGCAUAAGCAAAAUAAACAUAAACUACAAAUUGUGUCCUACUUAUCCUCCAUACCUACUAGUACCGUCCUGUAUAAGUGACGAAACGUUGGAAAACGUUGCCAAAUUUCGCAGUUCCCGAAGAAUACCAGCUGUAGUUUGGCGUCAUACGAGGAAUGGCGCAGUAAUCGCGAGAUGCAGUCAACCGGAAGUGGGCUGGUUGGGUUGGAGAUCCGGCGAGGACGAGGACUUGAUCAAAGCCAUCUCCGAUGCUUGCAGUUUCGAAGUUCACGCCGGAAGUGAUAGGACGCAUUCCCCCGAAUCGCUUCACAGCGAUUCCGAUACCUUGCAAAUCGGCAACAGCGUGACGUCGCAAAAGAAAAAAGUUUUGAUUAUGGACGCGAGAUCUUACACCACAGCCGUGGCCAAUAGGGCGAGGGGAGGGGGUUGCGAAUGUCCCGAAUAUUAUCCAAAUUGCGAAAUUCAAUUCAUGAAUUUGGCCAACAUACAUUCCAUCAGAAAAAGCUUCCACGCUUUGAGGCAACUUUGCACAUCUUCGGCUGAACAACCCAAUUGGUUCAGUCAACUCGAAGGUACGCGUUGGUUAUUGCACAUGUCAGGUUUGAUGAAAGCGGCCGUUACCUUGGUAACAGCCGUCGAAAGGGACGCUCGUCCCGUAUUGGUCCACUGUUCUGACGGUUGGGACAGAACUCCGCAAAUUGUAGCGCUAGCAGAACUGUUAUUGGACCCUUACUAUCGGACAGUAGACGGUUUUAGAACGUUAAUUGAAAGAGAAUGGCUGGCGUUUGGUCACAAAUUUGCCGAUAGAUGUGGACAUUCCACAGGCAGUGAGGACCAAAACGAACGUUGUCCAGUUUUUCUACAAUGGCUAGAUUGUGUACAUCAACUUUUAAACCAAUUUCCUUGCGCUUUUGAAUUUUCGCAAACCUAUUUGGUAAAGUUAGCUCAACAUACCUACUCAAACCUUUUUGGUACAUUUCUUUGCAACACACAGCAAGAAAGGUCAAAAAUUGUAUACGGCAAAACAUUUUCUGUAUGGGAAUUUUUAACGUCCCCAUGCUUCAGAAACCACUUGUACGCCCCGCUAGGCAACAUUUGUGGCAAAAAGAUACUGUGGCCACUUUGCAACGUCCGAGAUCUCCUCCUGUGGUCCGAAGUCUAUCUGGGCUCCAUGGAGGCGAACGCGGGGGGCCAGGAAGGGGGGUCAGGGGCGUGCCCCGGCCCCCCCGGUAUGUUUCCCCACCAAAUGACUAAAACCAGAUCGUACGGCGAUCUUUUAAAUCCCGGGGAACACACGAUUCUCUACAGAAGAAACAGCGACCCCAGUAUCAACUGUGAUUCAAAAUUAUCCCCCAUAACUCAGGAAAAAACCCCGAUACACGACCCCGUCAGCAACGGCACCCACAUUCUCCCCUUGGAAGAUUAUUUAGACACUUCGAGCGACAACGGGGAGGAGUGCACGCCGGAUUGCCUAUACAAAACGCAAAACGGCGCGGCAACGUCGCAAGAUCAGGGCCUAACCGAUGACCAAAUCGACGGAUUGGGCCAAAAUUUGCAGCAACAGGCGAAUUUUUCGGAUUCGACGCAACUUUUAACGACCAACAAUAUCGUCGAAGAGAAGAGUAUUUGCCCGCCCGGAGAUGAUGUACAGGAUUCGAAGCAGCCGCUGUUUCAGUCCACGGAAACCGUGGACUUGGCACCGGUGUACGCGGCCGAGACGUCGCAAAUUGUGAUAAGCGAAGAGAAGACUGACGACGACGUGGCAACGCCGCCGCAAACGAACGGCUACUGCGCGACCGCCAGUAACUCUGGCGAAAACUCGAUGACCGACGACAGCUUGUCGCGCAGCGAAGAGUGUGCGACGGUGCGCGAUGCCAAACUGCUCAGAGAUUGCGUGGGAGGCGUGGCAACGUUGCCGAAAGGUGUGGAGAGCUUCGAGAAUUCCGUUGAGACGAGUACGGAGACUUUAGUGUCUGAGAUCGUUUUGCCUGGAACAUCCCCAAAGGACAUUAACGGCUUUGAAAAGAUUCAAAGCCCAAAUGAAUGUCUUGAUACGGAAACAUGCCACGUUUGUUUGCAGAAUAACAAACCAAUUGGACACAAAAAUCACGAGGAUCAUUCUUUACAUUCGACGCCAAAAUUUUUUUCUAGAACUUCGAGCAGAAACGGUUGGGAUCACGUUAACAGCGGUGCCAACCAAACACCGCCCUAUCAUAAAACUUCGAUUACAUCAUAUCAGUUUGCCCCCAGUGUGGACGGGUUGGUACCCCUGCGCUCGCCCAUACAGGAGCGGCUUGAUCAAAUAAUUGAGGAUCAAAAGAGAAAGGAAGAUUUACUACAAAAAGAACUUCAUACAUACAGACAACAAAGGAUAAGGGCCGUUUGUCAUAAAUGCACAAAUGGUUUGGAUUUGGAAAGACAGGAUGACAAUGGUUCGGUUUCGGAAUCAUUGGGGAGCGUGGGGGAAGGCCAGGUUUCCGCGGUGGAGUCCCUAAGGUCGGACAUGUCUUGGGAGGCCGUGGAAGACAGUUCGUUGCUAGAGAGUCAUGCGCAGACGCUCUGGGUGCCCGACCACGCAGUCACGAGUUGCACCGCGUGCAAAAUCGAGUUCUGGAUGGGCAGAAGGAAACACCAUUGUCGCAAAUGCGGCCGAAUAUUCUGCGCCGAUUGCUCGGUGCACAGCACCCCCCUCCCCGCCGAGCAAUUGUACAACCCGGUACGCGUAUGCACCCUGUGCUACUCCAAACUGUACCAACGCUCUGCGCAGCAGCAUCAAACCUCGACCGCCGGUGAGCAGCGACAGCCGCACGAAACCGGCAACUGUCAGCAAGGCAACACGUGCACCACGUUGGCGGUGAACCAUCACGUGACGCAUUCCGCCAACGGGAACGCCGUAGGGGCGGGGCUUGUCAGCCAAGCGAGCGCCGCGAUUGGCUACGACGCCACAGAGAAGUGCAAGCAAAGUGCCAGUCAAGCGGCGCACGCACAGCAGAUCGCAGCUUCGAGUAAUUGACUUAAAGGAGCGAAAAGUGAGUGGUUUUUCUAUUUUUAUUGACCAUAUUCUGCAAAACGUAGAAUGAAUACAAUAGAGAGAGAGAUAGAUAUAAAUCAGGGGGUGUUAAUAAAGUUAAGUUUUACUUUUUACUAAGUAAAAAGUACUAAAAAAUGUGAGAUUGAUUGUCCUGUUAUAUUGUUUAAUUGAUUGUUAAAUUGUUGGUAAAAAGACGCAUAAGUAAACAAAUAUACCUUAAAAUGUACUUGUUAUAAUAUAAAAAUAUCCAAUAAGAUACCUGAAGCUGAGAAAAACAAAAAAUGGUUUAGUACCGGUGAAUUUGACGCCCCUAACCUUAAAAACACCGAUAUUAACCCCUACUCGCAUUAAAAAUGUAAAAUACCAAGUGUUCAACAAAAUUUCACCAAAAGUGUAAAAUAUUGCUGAAUACUUUGUUAUAUUACCUAAAUAAAUAAAUAAAUCAACUGGAUUUUACUAAAAAAUUUAAAAAAACCUGCAAUGCCACUGUUUUUUUCGCGUUAGAAGGAGUGCCCGAAAAAAUGCAACAAAAACACUAAUUUUCAUGUAAUUAAGUAUAUCUAGUCAAAAUAACAAAAAUUAAUAAAUAUUAAUUAUGUACAAGUUGAAAAAAACAGUGGCAUACAAAAGUAACGUAAAAUUGUUAAUGGGAGAAGAUAGAUAAAAAAACAAAAUCGAAAAGUGACUGUGAUUUUUGACUUGAUAACAAAGAACGAUUGGAAAGUACACACAUAAUAAAAAACGAGCACUGGUUUUUUUAAAAGAAAGGCAAAAGAAAAAACAUGUUAGUUUGUCCGAAACAAAAAUAUAUCUAUAUUAAAUGUUAAAAAUUGUGUAAAGAAAUAUAAAAUUAGCAAAAUACAGGGUGAUGUAUUAAAAUAGUGGUGGUUGUUUUUAAAAAAUUAUAUAUUUUAAUCUAUUUAUUAUUAUUUAUUUAGAA